GCUCUUUACAGUACUCUGUUACUGUCAUCGUCAUCCCCUUCUAUUUUACAUUUACUUAUACAUACAUAAGUCGUCGAAGUAAAGUGUUUUAUAAAAAUAAAAAUGGAGAUAAAACUAAAAUGAAAACACUGUUUAAAUAUAAAUAAUAAUAAUUAAAAAAAAACAGAAAACAAAAACAUAAAAGUAUUGUUUUCAUAUGUGUGCCUAAAACUGUUAUUAUUCCAUGAGCUAAUGCGUAUAAAUGGUACAGUCGUAAAUCCUGCUUCUCGAAAACGUUUACACAUUCAUAUGACCACAUUAAAAAGAUAUGGCGAGCAUAAUAUUAAUAGCUUGCCUAGCGAUAUUGGGUCUAAUCAUUGCGAUAGCGCUUUUUUUAGCCGGUGGCUACCUUUGGUGGAGGCAUAAAAGGUCACAGUUACAGUUUAUUGAACCAAACGAAGACGAGGAAUCUAGCAGCUAUAGUUUAAGGGCAACGCAGGACAUUGUGGACUCUGGAAAUCCGCCAAAUAAGCCACAAGUGCCAGUUGCUCAAGCGAUUACGACUCCUCUACAAAAUAAUAUUAAUCGAAAACUGAAUGGCUUUCUCAGUCUCAGGACGCCUCUUAUUGGGAGCGGUUCAACGUCUACACCGAUAAAACCUUCCAGUGCUGCUGCAGGGGUAGGUGCAAAUGACGGUACAUCUAAGGAUUCCGCGAAUAAAAGCAUCUCAAUGACCGACAUGUACCUCGAUAGCAAUGAUCCGAGUGAAAACGUUGGACAAAUACAUUUCUCUUUGGAAUAUGAUUUUCAAAAUACGACCCUAAUCUUAAAAGUUCUACAAGGCAAAGAACUACCAGCCAAAGAUUUGAGCGGCACCUCCGAUCCUUAUGUGCGAGUUACAUUGUUGCCAGACAAAAAACACCGUUUGGAAACCAAAAUCAAACGAAGAACCUUAAAUCCACGCUGGAAUGAAACAUUUUAUUUCGAAGGAUUUCCCAUUCAAAAGCUUCAGUCGCGUGUUCUGCAUUUGCAUGUCUUUGAUUAUGAUCGUUUUUCAAGAGAUGAUUCUAUUGGAGAAGUGUUUUUGCCGCUAUGUCAGGUUGAUUUUGCUGGAAAACAGUCAUUUUGGAAAGCUUUGAAGCCCCCGGCAAAGGAUAAAUGCGGUGAACUCUUGUCUUCGCUAUGCUAUCAUCCUUCAAAUUCAAUUUUAACAUUGACAUUGAUUAAAGCACGAAAUCUAAAAGCUAAGGAUAUUAAUGGAAAAUCAGAUCCUUAUGUAAAGGUCUGGCUACAAUUUGGAGAUAAGCGCGUAGAAAAGAGAAAAACGCCUAUUUUUACCUGCACGUUAAAUCCAGUUUUCAAUGAAUCAUUUAGCUUUAAUGUUCCCUGGGAAAAGAUACGAGAAUGUUCUCUGGAUGUCAUGGUUAUGGAUUUCGAUAAUAUUGGACGAAACGAGCUGAUCGGUAGAAUAUUGUUGGCUGGUAAAAACGGUUCAGGUGCCUCCGAGACGAAACAUUGGCAGGAUAUGAUCUCGAAACCCAAGCAAACUGUAGUACAAUGGCACCGCCUAAAGCCAGAAUAAAUAUUGGUGUUAAUCAAGUCGAUCUCGGAUAUAAUAAUAAUAAAUUCAUACAAAUGCAUACGUAAAUGCAUAUACAUAUUUAAAUAUGAUUCUGACAGAAAUAAUAACUGUUUAGCAGAGUUUAAACAGGCUGCGCACAGACUAAGACAUCGCACACAUUGCGUAAUAUUUAAAAGAAAAAAAAAAAAAAAACUAUAAGAAAUUGAUAAACGCACAGCAAUAGCAUAUUGCUUUUAUUUGUGCAUAAAUUAUACAAACACAUUUCUAUAUCGCUCCCUAUGCCUUUGUAAUCAGAGCUUGAAGCUGAAUCGACUAUUAAGAUAAGAAAAAAUAUAAAAGCAGAAAAAAAAAGAAAAUCGAGGACAUUGUUUUGUCAGCCGCGCUUAUCUUACCAUACCAUGUGUUUGAGUAUUUUCAAAAUUCUGGGCUACUUUAGUCAGUUUAGUUUCAAGCUCAAAAUUGUACUAACAAAUAUCGGAUGGGCAGUCGCAAAUUAUAUUCCCAAUUACAACAAAUUGACUUAAAAUGCUAGUUGAACAAAAAAAAUGGAAUGUGCAUACAAUCGAGCCUAUUCAUUUUAUCGGUUGUAUUUUCCAUUUUUCUUUUUUUUUGUUGAUGUAGUUCCCAGUUUGCUAAAGUUUAUUGGUAUUUCUGGCCUGCCACAUGCGAUAAAUGCUAAAUGCUAAUGGAAUGACCUCAGUAUCCAGUAUACCAAAAUAGUAGAAGAAAUAUGAAUUGUCUCUAAAUUUCUAUAUUUAUUUAAUUGCAUCUCUGUACUACAAAAUUAGUUGAAAUCAAUAGGAGUAUAAUUUAGCACAAUACUCUGAUUUGUAAUGAGAGCAAAAAUAACAGGUAAGAUUGGCGGACAUAUAUAUAUAUAUAUAAAUAUUAUAUAUACAUAUAUAUAUUAGGCUGUUUCGUUGAGAAGAAACUACCUGGCAGGAAGUAUUAGGUUGCAGUUGGAUUGCGUAAAGUUAUCAGGAGUUUUUCAUUUUGAAAUAAAGGAUUGCACAACACCAAUAUUAUAUUCUGCUGGGAAGGUAUUUCACUAUUUGAUUUCUAUGUUAAAGUGUUUUUGCAUAUAUGAACACAUAAUUGAUUAGCUUAAUUAAUCUGCAAAGUAGUGUAACUUAAAAUACGUGUAUGAAGAAUGAUAAAAAUUUCACGCAAGCGAAAUAGAUUAUCGACAUAUUGAAAUACAUGUAAAUAAUAAAAGUUAAUUGUUAUUAUUAGAUUCUAAUAUUAACUCGUAAAACGACAUUGUUACAAGUUACUUAAAUUGCGAAUUGUUGUUUCUUUUAUAAUAAAAGAAAAUAAAAGUGUGAAAAUGACAUGUUAAUCUUAAAUAAACCUAGUUUAAACCGAAACUAUUUAGAAUGAUAGGCUGUAGGUUAUAAUAUAUUAAUAUAUUAGAAAAGGCAAUUAGAGUAUAAAUAUAUUGAACAAAUUAAUAGUAACUGUAAAGAAAUUAGCCAACCAUUGCCGGAACAAGCGUCUACUGAGAUGAAAAGUGCAAACGUAAAAAAUGAGAUUAAAAAUUAAGAGUUA